AUGCUUCAACUUUCUCGAACACUAUUUCCAUUUAGAGUCCUUGCAUUUUCCGCAAUUUAUAUCACAGUUAACGUUAUAUUAUAUACACUCGACUCCGAUUAUGGAGGAGAAGCGAAUAUUGUCAAAAAUUAUUAUUCAGCCCGCUUUUCUAAUUCAAAUUUAUCUCCAAACCUGCCAGAUUUUAUCAAAUCAGCAAUCUCUAGAACAUUAUCUUCCAAUGAAAUGAUCGCAGACGCAACAACAGAACUUCGAAUUUGGCUAAUCUUUGCAGAUAUCUUUUUAGUUUUCCUUUUCAUUAGCCUCAUAUUUGGAAUUGUUACAACAGUUGCACAUCUUAGCUUUAUUGAAGGUGUUUUGCACUUAAUAGGUGUGAUUCUCAUGUCACACGCAUUAUUCCAAAAUGCGCACAGAAACUUUGUGAUCUGUGGCGUUUUCUUUGGUAUAAUGCUUCCAUUUUUGAUGGAACUUUGGCAAUUAAUAUCUAUUUUUGUUUUCAAGACAGAUUUCUAUUAA